AAAAAGUGGGGGGAGGGGGGCUAAGGCAAGAUUCUUCACCUUCGCCCACUUGUCCCAGAAUUUUGAUGCAAUUCAUAAUAUCCUGUCCCAUGAUUUAUAUUGGGAAAGGAUACCCAAUUCUGUGGCACAUCCAGUCAGUUCCAGACCGGCCCACACACUAAAGAAGACGUCAUUGCUACUUACAAAGUGAUUUGUACAGGGAAGCAAGGGGAUUUUGUUUUCCUGCUGCACACGAGAUCAAAAUGGCGGAUGAUGAUAAAGGAGAAGGGGCUGGAGGAUAUAGAUGGCUAAAUGAAUAUGAAAAAACUUGGGAGGUUUUACAGGAAGAUGACGAGGGGUCACUUCAAGCUACAAUUGAUGAAAUUAUUCAAAAAGCAAAACGAAAAAGGCUGCUUGUCCGCAAAGGAAAUGUCAGACUGGGGAUGAUGAGACAUCUAUUCAUUGUUGUGGACAUGUCUAGCUCUAUGAAAGAGAGUGACCUAUUAAGACCUUCAAGAAUUGCAUGUACUCAAAAGCUUCUAGAGAAAUUCAUUGUCGAAUAUUUUGACCAAAAUCCAAUCUCUCAGCUUGGUAUCAUAAUAACGAAAAACAAGAGAGCAGAAAAAAUAACAGAUUUGAGCGGAAACCCAAAACUACAUAUAACAGCCUUACAGAAUGUUGUAAACAAAGGUUGUUCUGGGGAACCGUCAUUACAAAAUUCGUUGGACACAGCACUAGCGGUUUUGAAGCAUCUUCCGAAUCAUGCAAGCCGUGAAGUUCUUAUCAUAUUUGGAUGCCUAACAACCUGUGAUCCAGGGGACAUAAAUGAUUCUAUUGCGGCGUUGAAAAGUUGCGAUAUACGAUGCUCAAUUAUAGGACUGUCUGCUGAAAUACGUAUCUGUAAGCAAAUUUGCAAAGAAACACAAGGCGAAUAUGGAGUUAUUCUUGAUGAAAAGCAUUUUCAAGAUCUUCUUGUGGAGAAAGUUCGUCCACCAGAGGCCAAGAAAAGUACUGCAGCUUCCUUAAUAAGAAUGGGUUUUCCCACACACAGGUCGGAUGGUCCACUUUCACUUUGCUCUUGCCAUAUUGACAAUCAGUCCGAAUGCUCCUUGAGCACAACCGGAUACUUUUGUCCACAGUGUCAAAGCAAGUAUUGUGAGCUGCCAAUGGAGUGUAGAAUAUGUGGCCUAACGUUAGUGUCUGCUCCACAUCUGGCAAAGUCUUAUCAACAUCUGUUUCCAUUAAGAGCGUUCAAAGAGCUCGAAGCUAAGGCAAUACAAAAUUUAGGAAAUUGUAAAGGCUGCCAAAGAUUUCAUACUGAUGCAACAGUUUAUGAAUGUUCCAAUUGUGAGCAAAUAUUCUGCAUGGACUGUGAUCUAUUUAUUCAUGAAACUUUGCACACCUGCCCAGGAUGUCAGACAGGCUCAAAAGCAAACUUGGAAAAUGACCUUGCAAAUGGAUCAUUGUGAUUGCUAUUGUAUUACAUGGGAUAUUACCAGCAACACCAGUACAUGUUUUCCAUGUUAAACCAUCAACAGCCCACAGUGAUAAAGAGGAGGGCCACACUCCACCGAGGUUUGAGACCGUGUUUAACAACGUCAUGUAUGUCCCUCCAAU